UCCUCAUCCCUCAUUUGCUCCCCUUGCAGCUGAUGCCAGAUACAAAAACAUGCUUCGGCUGAUUUCCCCCGUCCUGAUCCCCCGCACACAUGCUUGAUAUUUUCAGCGUGCGCGCGGAGAAGACGAGAGGGAUGUAGCCGCAGCAGGACAAAUGAGGAGAACACAUGGACUUCGGCUUUUUCCCUGAGAUUUUUACGGCGUAACCGGGCUUUCAUCGCGCUGCUCUGGUCAUGGAGAGCCAAGCGGUCGAGCCGCAGAACUAUGAAGAUGUGCAGAAAAGCGGCUACCUCCGCAAGCACAAAUCGAUGCACCGGCGGUUCUUCGUGCUGAGGGCGGCCUCGGAGCAUGGUCCCGCUCGUCUUGAGUACUAUGAGAACGAAAAGAAAUUCCGCAGUAAAUCACCUGUGCCCAAGAAGGUCCUGAACCUGGAGACCUGCUUCAACAUCAACAAGCGGGCGGAUUCCAAGAACAAGCACAUGAUCGUGCUCUACACCCGCAGCGAGAGCUUUGCCAUCGCUGCGGACAGCGAGGAGGUCCAGAAUGAGUGGUACCAAGCCAUGCUGGAUCUUCAGUGCAACUGUAAAACCCCAGAAGACUAUGGCAGCAGUGGAGAGUGUAGCUCUCCAUCUCCCAUCCCGACAUUUAAGGAGGUAUGGCAAGUCAAGGUUUGGCCUAAAGGUCUUGGACAUGCCAGGAACUUGGUGGGCAUCUAUCGGCUGUGCCUAACUGAUAAGACAGUCAACUUUGUCAAACUCAACUCGGAUGUGGCCACUGUGGUGUUGCAGCUGAUGAAUGUCCGCAGGUGUGGCCAUUCAGAGAACUUCUUCUUCAUCGAGGUGGGACGCUCAGCCAUCACAGGCCCCGGAGAGUUCUGGAUGCAAGUGGACGACUCCGUUGUGGCUCAAAACAUGCACGAGACUCUGCUGGAGGCGAUGAAAGCCCUGAGUGAGGAGUUCCGUCAGCGCAGCAAGUCUCAGUCUGUGGGAACUUCCUGUGGCGGCGGCACUGCUUCAAACCCCAUUAGUGUCCCGAGUCGGCGUCAUCACCCAAACCUGCCACCAAGCCAGGUGGGCUUUUCCAGACGAGCACGCACUGAGACCCCAGGAACAGGUGGCAGCAGCACAAGCACAUCACCCACGUCACGUCAUGGUUUUCCAAGGGCACGAACAGCCAGCAUCGGAGCCAGGUCGGAGGAGGGAGGAGCGAGUGCCAGAGGGACGUGGGCCAGUUCCAGCCCGAGCCUGAAUGGAUCCUGCUCAACUACUCCAACGCUUAGGCCCAAACCCACAAGGGCUCCAACACCUGCUAAGAUUACCUUAAGCCUUGCACGUUACACACCUAACCCUGCUCCCUCUCCUGCACCAAGCCUGUCCUCCAGUUCAGGUCAUGGGUCAGAGUGUGGCCUGGUUGGGUCCGUAGUGGGAGGCAUGUCGAUUUGCUCCUACGCUCGCGUUUCUCAAAGAGUUUCUGUUUCAGGUUCACCGAGUGACUACGGGUCCUCGGAUGAAUAUGGCUCCAGUCCUGGUGAACACUCUCUGCUCAUACCAAGUCUAUCAGGACAUCAUGCACAUGGAGAGGGCUCCUCCAGCUAUAUAGUAAUGGGACAACGAGAAGGUCUGCUUGGUUCCCACCAUCAUCCAAAAGGCAGACGGAUUCUGCGACGCUCAUCAAGUCGAGAGUCUGAGGCCGAGCGAAGGCUGCUGAGCAAGAGGGCGUCCCUCCCUUUGGCAUCCCAUGAAAGACUAACCCCGCACAGAAAAGAUGAAGAUGAUGACGAUGAGGAAGAGUAUGCCAUCAUGUCACAGAGUGCUAAUAGAGAGAGGGCAGAUCUGCAUCAAGGCUCAGGGAAUCCAGCAGUUCAGGGUGGGCAGCUUGACGCAGUAGGGAAGAACAGGAAGAGGGCUGACAAAAGCAGGGGACAUGGAGACACAGGAGCAGCUGUAGACAGUGGCUACAUGUCAAUGUUACCUGGGGUGACAUCUCCACCUGUUUCACUAUCUCUUUCAAUGGGUAUGUACGACGCCAGCGCUAAACCCGGGGCAGAUGAUGAGUACAUGGCCAUGACCCCCAACAACAGCGUGUCCCCUCCUCAGCACAUCCGCCAACCCACCUCAGAGGGCUACAUGGUCAUGUCUCCUAACAGCAGCAGCUCCACAGACCUGCACGGACUGGGCAUAUGGGAGAGCAGAGCCAGCAUGGAGAGCCGGGCAGCCAGUGACUACAUGAACAUUUCCCCUGUCAGCAGUCGCUCUGCCUGCAGCACACCGCCUUCACACCCUGAGCAGCACCAGCUGCAACCAAAAAUGUUCAAUUCAUACUUCUCCCUGCCACGAGCCUAUCAGCAUACCCUCUAUACUCGCUUUGAGGAGGACUUGAACAAGGGGGAAGAAAAGAAAGACAGCAGUGGGCAUGAAAGUGCUGGUAGGGGAGGGAGAACAGGGUACAGCAAAAGAAACAAAAUUGCUGUGGGCUCUGCAGGAGGCUGCCAGCUCUCCAUGUCUUCCUCUUCUUUCUCCUCCAGCUCUGCUAGCAGUGAAAGCCUUGAAGAUAAGUCAACAUCUGGUGGGCGGGGGUUAAGUUUAUUAAGAACAGGGGCGGAAUACAAAAGUGCAGGAACAUCCACAAAGGAUGGACGUCACCACCAAAAGCGCGCAUCCAGUAGUAAAAGUCCAAAGCAACAGAGGAGGGGCCGUCCUUUGAGCGUAUCUUCAGACAUUGCUAAAGCGAACACCUUGCCAAGGGUUAAGGAGAAUCUACCACCAUUGGGAUCCCAGAAUGUUGGGGACUAUGUAAGUAUUGUCUUUAAGGAAGAUGGUGCAUUCGAUAAAGAACAAAGUGGAGGGUCUUGUCACGGACCGCCUAUAAUCCAUGGAACUCUUCGGCCCAUAAACCAGCCGCUCCUCUGUCAUGAUAACCCUGCUAACCUUCCCCGCAGCUUCUCGGCACCACUCUCCACCUCUGCUGAGUAUGUCAACAUGGAUUUAGGGAAAUCCUCCACACCCCUGACUCAUGUUAGGUCCACAUUCAGCACCCUACAGGACCCACCGACAGCUUCCCCCAAGGCCCGGCAUGAACACAGCUCGCCCUCUCCUCUGGUAGCAGAGUGCAGCGCAGGGUACAGAACAAAAAUAAAGAUGGCAACAGGGCCGACGGAUGUUCCGUUCAUGGACAGCAAAAUUUCCAAUUCGAGCAACUUAGCAAGACCUGCCAUCCACUCUGGUCAACCACUAUCUAGAGAGCAGGAGGCAAGUUUGGGUUCUUCCCCGGUCAAGUCCUUCCAGUCGCCUGAUAAGAGCAGCAGACUGGUCCGAGGUGAUCAACAGGGACACCUGAGCCACCGGUCAGAGACGUUUAGCUCACCGCCAUCUUUGCCACCAUACGCAUCUUCUUCUACCUCCCUCUUCCCUGAGGGCAGCCAGGCAGCGAGUCAUCGGCAGGGUUUGGACUGCUCACUGUGGGAGAAUGGCCAGACUGCUGGUUUGUCUGCCACGCCUCCACCCCAAGCCUCCACCACAUCCACUGAACAAGGCCUUAACUACAUAGACCUUGACUUAGCCAUGAAGGAGAGCACUCAAGCUGGAGCAGAGCGCACCUCUCCCGUCUACAACGUCGGAGCGAGUACCAGUGCCGGCUCUUCCCUCAACACUUACGCCAGUAUUGAUUUCUACAAAUCGGAGGAACUACGAACGAACCAGAGCAGUAGGAAGGAGGGACAAGACUGUUGAUCUCCGUCUUUGUCUUUGAUGCGACGGCUCGCCGUGUGUUGCCACAACAGAACUGUACGCCGGAGUCGGAUCGCUGAAACUAUGGAAAUCUCAUCCCUUCCUGUUUGCUGUUUUCUGUCAACCAAAUGUGUGCCAAACACACACACACACACACACGCACGCUCGCACACAAACGCAAACACGUACUUACACACACACACAGCCUUACAAACUCAACACACAAUCAAAGCGUAAGGAAAAGACGUUACGUUGCUUGAACUAAGGAGACACUUGAUCUUUUUUUUUUAACUUGGUACAGAGAAGCUCAGGGGUGACAGGCUACAAAAUAUGGUUGCCAUUUUUUGUACUUUAUUCAAAAUCGUAAUUGUUCCAAAAUGCUUUAUUAUGAGUGUUA